UUGAAAGAUACAUUGCCGUACAUGGACGUCAUAUAAAAAGUACGCCGGGGAAAAUAUAGGGUACUCAAUAAUGGAUACUUCGGAUGUUUAUUAUGAUGAUGGGAGAGUUCAACUACCGUCAGCUGAGUAUGACUAUAACCCUCCCUCUUGUCGCUACAGCUGUGACAUUGAGCAGGUACGGAUCCCAAUUCCCUCUCAUGCCUCUGUCCAACACCGGAGCAACCGGACUUUGCUGCCUUCCGAGCUACCUAACUGUCAGUACUCAAAUCCUGUUCAGGCACACACCCAGGAACAGGAUUUCUUGACUAGUCCUUGUCGUGUGCCUGACCACUACCAUCCAGGAGACAGCCCUGCGGUGGGGGCCGAAUCACCAGGAGACAUGUCAUUCCCCUGGAUGAGGAGUUCCAGAGUUCAGUCAUACCAAUCAUUCCCAGGUGUUUUUUCCAAAAACGCAGAAGAAAUCAAGCGAAACCGUACGGCAUAUAGUCGGGCUCAGUUACUGGAACUGGAGAAGGAGUUCCUCUUUAACAAGUACAUCUCCAGGCCACGCAGAUACGAACUGGCCACUACACUCAACCUGACCGAGAGGCAUAUCAAAAUCUGGUUCCAGAAUCGGCGGAUGAAAUGGAAAAAAGAAGAAACGAAAAAACGAAGGAGUCCCUCUGGUCAACAAGAACCGAAUUCCUCCAAAAAGAAUGUAUAAAACAUUUGGAUAGCAGCAUAUGACCACUGGUUUUAAAUCCAUGCCGGAUAGUUUUUUUGCACUUGCCUACAUUAGGCCUAUGGUUGAAGGAACAGUUUAACAUAAUUUUCAUAAGCAUAUAGCUAACUAUAAUUAAUUAUUUUUAAUAAUUGCCAAAUUUUAUUAA